GUGAGCUCUGCUGAUUCUCAGCCCACUGCCAGGCAUGUUAUCUGCAUGCUGCAGCCGGUGGACGGGCUGAUCUGCAGACAGGGGAGAGGGCUGAGCACAGAGGCUGGUGGAGAUUAGAUAUUCACUUCUGAAAUGGCGACACGAAUACGACCUGCCAGCAAGAAGUGCACUGUGGUCGGUGGAUCUGGAUUCCUUGGACAGCACAUGGUGGAGCGCCUGUUGGAUAAAGGAUACUCCGUCAAUGUGUUUGACAUCCGUCAGGGCUUUGAGAAUGAUCGGGUGCAGUUUUUCAUUGGUGAUCUAUGUAGUAAACCGGAUUUGCUGCCGGCUCUCCAAGGUGUGAGCGUCGUCUUCCAUUGCGCAUCACCAGCCCCUUCUAGCAACAACAAGGAGCUGUUCUAUAAAGUCAACUACACCGGAACGAGGACCGUCAUCCAAGCCUGCAAAGAAGCCGGCGUCCAGAAACUGGUGUUGACCAGCAGCGCCAGCGUUGUAUUUGAAGGCAAGGACAUCGAGAAUGGAAGCGAGGACCUUCCUUAUGCCCAGAACCCCAUUGACUAUUAUACAGAGACCAAGAUAUUGCAAGAAAAGGAGGUUUUAGGAUCAAAUGACCCAGCAAAUAACUUCAUGACGGUGGCUAUUCGCCCUCAUGGCAUAUUUGGCCCAAGAGACCCACAGCUUGUUCCUAUAAUGGUGGAUACCGCAAAAAGGGGCAAAAUGAAAGUCAUGAUAGGAAACGGGAAGAAUUUGGUGGAUUUCACGUAUGUGGAAAAUGUGGUACACGGACAUAUCUUGGCAGCUGAAUACCUACAGAAGGACUCUCCUCUUUGUGGAAAGGCAUAUCACAUCACAAAUGACGAGCCCAUUCCCUUCUGGACUUUCAUCUCCCGGGUCUUGGUUGGCCUGGAUUAUGAAGCACCCAAGUACAAGAUCCCCUUUUGGUUGGCGUAUUACCUUGCUCUCUUCCUCUCUUUCUUGGUGUUCAUUCUGAGUCCCAUAGUCACAAUUAAUCCGACUUUUACACCUAUGAGAGUUGCCCUGGCUGGUACUUACCACUAUUACAGCUGUGAGCGAGCCAAGAAGGACAUGGGCUACAAGCCAGUGGUCAGCCUUGACAAAGCUAUAGAGAAGACUGUCCAGAGUUAUCCACACCUGAGGAGGGGAAGUUAGGGGGCUUGGAAGACGUCACAGUGAGAACAUUUAUGUAAAAGUAAUUGUCUACAAGUAAUUUCAAGAAUUGGUGAUGCUGCCAUUAGUAACCAAAGCUGAAGAAGGCCCACCAUUGACCUUUAUGGGUCUGUCUUGCUGUUUUUAUGAAUACCUAGGGGAACCACGUAUCAAAAAUGAAUCGAGAUGAGCCAUUCAGACAGAGUUAUUGAGCUGCUAGGGGCUAUCCCUGCUGCUGAAGAGGCUGUCUCUCGCCCAUCCCUGACAAUCUCACACCUACGCCGCUGCUCCAUGUAGCGGCACAAGCUCAACUAUACAUGCUCCGCUGCCCGAAAAUGUAGAGGUGCAGGCACAGUUGCUGCACCAGCAGGAGUAGCAGAGCCCCUGCGCUUGCACCGCUACCCAACAGCAGCGCAAGCGUGAGAUGUCUGGAGCUGUCAAUGAAGUGUGAGGGGGGGGGGGGAUACCUCUUCAGAGCGGGGACAGCCCAUCGCUGAUCAAAAACUCUGUUUGAUGAACGGAUUGAUUCGCUCAUCUCUAAAUAUAAAGUUCUCGGGGGAAAAGUAAAAAUUCCCAUAACACAGAGGAGAAAUAAAAGAUUGCUUUAAAUUGGUUACUAUGGGCAGCACCACAGAUCUUCAUAAAUGGACCUCAGCCUUUAAGUUAUGCACAUGUUUUCAAUGCAGGUUUUGUUCCUUCCAGUAAUUUUUAACUGUAAAUGUUCAUAUUAAAUUAUAACAUUCCCAAAUAUUGUAAGGGAAUUUACUAUUAAACAGUGUAAAAAAAAAUCUAAAAA